ACAAUACAUAUUUAUUACGAAUUACUGGCAUACAGAAAAUUUACAUUCUGCGCGACUAACUUUUGGAGAGGAAGACAGGUUAUAUAGUAGAGAAAACUUGAUUUAUCUACGGGUUACGCAAUAUUACAAGUGCCCCGUCGUCAUCUUAGACUGAAGGAGUGCAACACAGCCAUCAUGAUCGAGAUAAACCCCUUAGUGAGAUAAUGAUCACUCCUAUAAGUGUCCAGGAAGCUCCCUGAUGAGCCAGCCCUUGCUGGAGACGGGGCGAGUGGUGGCGACGGCCGGAUCAGCUGUGAGACAAUAACAACAAUAUGGUGGCGGAUGCCCUUCCUUCCUUCACUCUCCACCACACCUCCAGACAACGGCCCUCCACAACCAGAGUAGAGACGGCAUGAUGGAGACAGGGCCUUUGGAAGUGCAGGUUCUCAGCUGUGUGUGGGCGGGUCUUUGGGUUGGCCCGGCCCGGGCCAUCAAUGCCAAUGAGCUCUCUUCCCGGGGUAUUACCACACUUGUCUGGGCCACCCCAGAGAUCGACCCCCCAGACCUCCCGGAGGAAGUUCGAAUAGUGAAAGUCCUUAUUAAAGAUGACCCAGAUCAGGAUAUCAGCCCAUACUUCCCAGUGGUCGCCGAGGCCUUCAAAGAGUGUCGAGAGUGUGGCAAGAAUGGCAUGGCAAUGGUGUGCCGGGCAGGAGUAAGUAGGUCAGCAUCUUUGGCUCUUGCAGCGCUUGUAGGACAGACUGACUUGGGCCAGAUGACUCUCAGACAUGCCUACCUCACCAUCAAGGCUGCCAGACCCUUUAUCAGGCCCAACUAUGGAUUCUUCUCACAGCUUAUCACAUAUGAGAUUGAGAUAAGAGGACGAGCAACGGUGUUGAUGAAGGAUUCACCGUUUGAGGCUGGAGAGCAGUUGCCAGAUGUGUACAUAGAGGAGCUGAAGCAAAAUAUGGGCUCCAUCUUCACCAACUUCUUUCCUUUCUGACGGUUGGCUGCAGCAGGACUUCUGCUGGUGGCUUUAUUAGCAUGGACUCGGACUACGCCUUGACCAUACUCUUUUCUUGCUCCCCAAGUUGCCAAAGUGAAGUCAUGGUUUUGUUAUCUAUUGCUUGUUUACACCAUAUAUCAAUUGAGGGGUCCUCGCGGCUGAAUAGACAACGCUUGGAGGUCGUAGUUCUAAGGGCCUGGGUUCGUUUCCCAACUGAGGCAAAAACAAAAUGAGCAGAGUUUCUUUUAUCCUAAUGCUCUGUUAAUGUAGCAGUAAAUAGGUACCUGGGAGUUUGACAGCUGCUACAGGCUGCUUCCUGGGGAAUGUGUGUACUCGCCUAGUUGUACUCACCUGGUUGUGCUUGCUGAGAUUGA